UUGAAAUAUAUAAACAAGUUUCUCUUAUUUCUUUUGAAAAAUUUGAAGGACUACAUAAAAUGCGUCGCAAUUGGAGGGGUCGUUAUAAAAAUAAUUGGACUCGAAAUAAUAGGACAAAUAAUACUUCUGAUAACCGAAGCCUUAACAAUUCAACAUCAUCGACUUUAUUAACAUCAAGUACAUCCAGGUCUUCAAGAGCUCCAGCAAAUCAAUUACCGAUUGUAAUACCCAUAUACUCAGAUAAAAAUGCUUGGAAACUAUAUUUUCCAUCUCAAGAGCAAUCUUCGAAUCAGGAAAUAGCUAAAAAUAUUGAAAGCUUUCAUGCAUACAUAGAAAAAAAUAGAAGUUUAUUUGAUUUAGAAAAAAUUGAUCAGACACGCAGUGUGUCUUUGGAUGUUCAAAGCUUAACAAAUGACAUGGAUUUUAAAAAUUCUUGGUCUUCUUUUCAAAAUGAUUUAUUUGAAGACCCAGAAACAACUCUAAGGAUUUUGGAAUAUAGUUUACAUGAGACACUCAAAUGUGAAUCUCGCAUAAGGGUUAGAAUAUUAAACUAUGAACCCAUUAUUCCAAUUGCAUAUUUAAAAGUUAAUUAUUUUGGUAAACUAGUAACUAUAAAAGGCACUGUUAUAAGGGUAGGCAGUGUUGGUCUUAUAUGCACUUCGAUGGCUUUCGAAUGUUCUAGUUGUCAUGGUGCACAAGCUGUGAUGCAACCUCAAGGUGUAUUUACAGCUCCAAAUUUCUGUCAAAGUUGCCAAAGUGGACAUAAAUUUGAGCCAUUGCAAUCUUCUCCAUUCACAAAUACCACUGACUGGCAAAUAGCUAAAAUACAAGAGAUACAAUCACAGAGCUUGUCAGGAACCAUACCUCGUACCGUAGAAAUAGAACUUCAAGGAGAUUUGGUUGGUAAUGCUUGUCCUGGGGAUGUCCUCUGUGUUACUGGUAUAGUACAGGUUCGUGGCGAAAGCAAAGGCGGCGAAGACGGCCGAAGAGCUGCUAGACUACUACAAUUAUACGUAGAGGCGGUUUCGAUACAUAGUCAGAGAAACCUAAGUAAUCCAACAUUAUCUUUUACUUUAAAAGAUUAUUAUGCAAUUCAGGAAAUUCAUGCUUCGGACUAUGUAUUUAGACUUUUAGUUCAUUCCCUAUGCCCUACAAUAUUCGGCCAAGAGGCCGUUAAAGCUGGUCUUAUAUUAGGCCUUUUCGGCGGAACAGAAUUUGAGAAUGGCACGAGGUCAAAUCCUCACGUUUUAAUUGUCGGAGAUCCUGGACUAGGAAAGUCACAGUUAUUGCAAGCUGCUGCGCACGCUGCUCCUAGAGGCGUCUACGUGUGUGGGGCAUCCGCUUCAGCCGGAGGUCUAACGGUAGCUUUGGGCCGAGAACCCGGCGGCGACUUCGCUCUCGAAGCCGGUGCUCUGGUACUAGCCGAUAAAGGUGUCUGCUGCGUUGACGAACUGGAUAAGAUGUGCGCGCACCACAGCAGCCUGCUGGAGGCCAUGGAGCAGCGGCGCGUGAGCGUGGCCAAGGGCGGCGUGGUGUGCAGCCUGGCCGCGCGCGCCACCGUGCUGGCCGCCGCCAACCCGCGCGCCGGCUCCUACUGCAGAUCAAAAACAGUCGCUGAGAACUUAAAACUUAACUCAGCCCUAUUGUCGAGAUUUGAUCUAGUUUUCAUAUUACUGGAUCAACCGGAUGAGAAAAUCGACGCAAUGUUAUCAGAACAUGUAUUGGCCCUCCAUUCAGGCGCAAAAAAAAAGAAAAUGGCAGACGCUGAAACAAGUAAAUUUAAUUUAAGUAUAGAUUCCAGCCAAAGUGACGGAGAAGUUUCUCUAAGUAAAAAAUUACGCCUCAAACCUGGCGAAGUAAUUGACACUUUACCAUUAGUUUUACUCCGAAAAUAUAUUGCAUACGCAAGAAGAUACGUUCAUCCUAAACUGAGUACGGAGGCCGCAAAUGUUCUUCAAGAUUUCUAUUUAGAACUCCGCAACAAACAUCAAAAUAAUGACGGUGCACCCAUAACGACCCGACAACUUGAAGCUUGUAUAAGACUCACGCAGGCCAGAGCAAGAGUGGACUUACGAGAGGAAGCAACCGUUCAGGAUGCUAAUGACGUAAUUAGUUUAGUAAAACACAGCUUGAUGGACACAUUUAGUGAUGAAUUUGGUAAUAUAGAACUAUCACGCUCAAUCAAUGGAAGUGGAGUUAGUUCUCGAAAUAAGGUUAAAAGAUUUUUAGAUGUGUUAAGACGUAGAUCACACCAAUUAAGUAAGGAUGUAUUCAGUAGGCAGGAGUUGAUACAAAUUCAUAAAUCAGCUGCUAUUGCUGGUGACGCAAAUGAUCUGAUUGAAGCAAUGCACAUACAUUCCUACCUACUCCUAAAAGGAUCCAAUACAUAUCAAUUAGUUGCCAUUUGAAAUAAUUAUUUUUAGUUAAAAAAUAUAUUAUUUUCGUAAU